AUGUCGGGUAAAGCUAUGGGUAAUACCUUUGAUGGUGAUAUCUAUGAAUUCCCUGGAAUAGCAGUUGAUAAGUUCAAUAUACGAGCUGAUGCAUAUUUCCUAACCCAUUCUCAUAAAGAUCAUUUAUUAGGUUUAAUUAAUAAAUCAUUUUGCAGUCGCGUAUAUUGUUCAUUAUUAACCAAACAACUAAUUGCACUAGAUAAAAGAUAUAAAGACGUUAUCCCAUUUCUAGUAACUCGGGAUUAUAAUACACCUUUUGAAGUACUUACAAAGACUACCAGAGUUACAGUGACAUUGAUUAAUUCAUAUCAUGCUCCUGGUUCAUGCAUGUUCUUAUUUGAAGGAAACGAGAAGGUAGCAUUAGUGACAGGUGAUAUUCGAGCCGAGUCAUGGUGGACGUCUUCAUUGAUCAAAAAUCCUUUUUUAUUUCCGUAUAUUACUGGUCUCAAACAAUUGGAUCAAGUAUAUUUAGAUACUACGUUUUCAUACCGUGGAGAACCAUAUAUUUCAAUCAUGCCAAAUAGUGAUGGAAUAUUUGCGGCAAUUGAGCUUUUGAAAUUAUAUCCCAAAAAUGAUAAAGAGAUUCAAUUUUCUUUUAUGGACGCGGUUUCUGGAUCAGAAGAGGCAUGGUUUCAAAUUGUAAAUUAUUUCAAUGGGGAUUUGAUGGGAGAUGGACAUAUUAUGAAAAGAGUUAAAUUAAUUAAUGAGAAUUCAGAUGUAUAUACACCUAUCCAAUGCAAUAAAGGAACACUACCGCGUUUCCACGUUGGAACCAUAAUCCAACCGGGGCAAGAACAACCAACAGUCUUAAUAACCAUCAAACACACUAUCGACUUUAAUAUUGUCGACUAUACCGGAUUUUGCCUACCUAAAAAGCUUUCUAACAUAGACACCAAUAACCUCCAGCUCUUGAAUGAGACAAAGAUGGGAACCAAACUAUAUCAAUUUGAAUGUCGUAAUUGGAUCUUACCACCAGGAGCUGAAGAAUUACUCCCAACAAAUGUCAAACUUAUGUUUUCACGUCACUCAUCCUAUGAAGAACUGAGAAAGUUUAUAAAACAAUUCAAGCCAAAACUGGUCUAUCCUUGUGUCGAAUCGAAGUUGAGUUGGAUGAAUGGAUUUUCCGUCGGUCGUGUGUUUGGAGAUCUAUGUACCAAUGAACCCCAUGAACAUCGAUAUGAUAUUGAACGAUUUCGUGCUUUUGGAAAUCCUGAUAUUGAAAUCCGGAAUCGAAAAGUAUGUGCAAUCAAUCGGUGGUCGUUUACGCAAUGUAUAGAAGAGGCAGAGUUUGUUGACGAAUAUACACGCAAGGGAGAGGUUCCUUUCAAAGGAACGUUGAAGUUGGUUACUAAGGAUCCGGUUCUGAAUCAAGAGGAUAGAAGUGCGGCAUAUAGUUGGAAACGAGAUUUUCGAUUACAGGGUAUUAUUGCAGGUAGAGGCGAGGAGAGAUAUAAACGAUUAAUUAAUCAUCAUAGAGAAGUGAAACAGAAUAAGUUUUUUGAUAUUAGAAGUGAUGGCUACUCCAGCAGUUAUGAUAGUGAUUCGUAUUUUGAGAAUGCAUCAAGUACAGAUAGGGAUUCAAUUUCUGAUGUGAGUGAGUUAGAACAACAACAACCUACCACAGCUUGCAGUGCUAAAAUGAUCAAUUCCAGUUUUCUGUCUAUAGAGCAAUCAUUUGCAGAUUUAACAAGAACAGAUGAACUCCGCGAAGACGGAUUUGUCUCGCCAUUUAUCAAUAGUUCGAGAAUACAGCAUAUUACCAAUAGUUUACAAGCCGAUAGGACCAAUUGGUUUGAAUUCAAACUACAAUCACUCUCGAGGAAUAAAUAUCACCAAAAGUAA